GCCAGAAUAGCGGGGCCGUGGGUGACACGUAAGUUGGGUGGGAGGCGGCGGCGGCCAAGGCUCCGCAACCCCAUCAGUGACACCGGCCGGCCGGCCCCCAAACCCUGCCGGGGCAGCUGGUCCCCAUCCCUCUACUCACCCCCACGGGCCGAGCGCGGAGUCGCCGCCCGGAGCCUGGCUCCCUUUGUUGGGCGUGCACCCCCUCCUUUUGGUGGCAGCGAAGUCGCGCAGUGGGAGCCGCCGCGAGGGGGCGGGGAGCUGCCGGGGCAGGACUCUGAGCGCCGCCGAAGGCAGCCGGGCCGAAAAGUGGGGAAGAGGGAAAAGGACAAGGCGGCGUCUGGAGACCGGCGCGGGGACAGCCCGCUCAGAAGUAUGCGGAGGGCCCCCUCCCGGGCCCGGGCACUCGCGCAGAACCAGCGUCGCAAAAGUUUGGCGGCGGUGGCGGCGGCGGCGGCUGUCCUGGCGGCGUCGAUGGCUGCGCGCCCCGCGGCGCGCGGGGGCUGAGCGGGCGCCACUUCCCCUCCGGUCCCGCUUUUGUGUCUCGCGUCUCCUCCUCAUGCAGCGUCUGACCACCUCCUGCGGCGGCCGCUGCUGAGGCGCUCGUUCGGGCCGCGGGGACGAAAGGACGGCGGCGGCGGGGACGGCCGCGGCGCGGGGUCCCGGCAGGACUAUGGGAAACGGGAUGUGCUCCCGAAAGCAGAAGCGGAUCUUCCAGACGCUGCUGCUGCUGACCGUGGUGUUCGGCUUUCUCUAUGGAGCGAUGCUGUACUACGAGCUGCAAACGCAGCUGCGGAAAGCCGAGGCGGUGGCGCUCAAGUACCAGCAGCACCAGGAGUCCCUUUCCGCCCAGUUACAAGUUGUGUAUGAACACAGAUCAAGAUUAGAGAAAUCCUUGCAGAAGGAAAGACUUGAACAUAAAAAAGCAAAGGAAGAUUUUCUGGUUUAUAAGUUAGAAGCACAAGAAACACUAAAUAAGGGAAGGCAAGAUUCCAAUAGUAGAUACAGCGCAUUGAAUGUCCAACAUCAGAUGUUGAAAAGUCAACACGAGGAGCUGAAGAAGCAACACAGCGACUUGGAGGAGGAACACCGCAAACAAGGAGAGGACUUCAGCAGGACGUUUAAUGACCACAAGCAGAGAUACCUGCAGCUGCAGCAGGAGAAAGAACAAGAGCUUUCUAAGCUAAAAGAAACCGUGUACAAUCUGAGAGAAGAGAACAGACAGCUGAGGAGAGCACACCAGGACAUGCACACACAGCUUCAGGACGUCAAGCAACAGCAUAAGAAUUUACUCUCGGAGCAUGAACAACUUGUAGUGACUUUGGAAGACCACAAGAGUGCGCUAGCUGCUGCACAGACUCAAGUUGCAGAAUAUAAACAACUGAAAGAUACCCUGAAUAGGAUUCCAAGCUUUCGAAAACCAGAGCAAGCAGAGCAGCAAAAUUUUACCCAGGUGCGUUCUCCACAAGGUGACAGCACAGCAAGGGACCAGUCACGCGGAGAGGCACGGGAGGUGUCUCGGAAUAGCGAAGUGUGGCGGAACCAUGAAGCGGUCCCUGGAAGAGCAGAAGAAACGAAACCUUACCCUCCCACCCAGAAGGAGGCAGAACCCCGGGCUCCCGCAGAGCUGAGCAGGCAAGAAGCCGGGCCCCGGGAGCCCGAGGCACGGCAGGUGGAAGAGGAGCACAGGAAGGCCCUGGAAGAGGAGGCCAUGGAGCAGGUCGGGCAGGCCCAGCAUCUCGAGGAGGAGCACGAUCCGUCCCCGGAAGAGCAGGACCGGGAGUGGAAGGAACAGCGUGAACACAAAGAAGCCAACCUUCUGGAAGGGCCCGCUCGGGAGGUGUAUCCUUCUGCCAAGCCGGCUACCAGGUUCCAGUCACCGUAUGAGGAGCAGCUGGAACAGCAGAGAUUGGCAGCGCUGCGGGCAGAGGAGGCACGGCGGCUGCGGGAGCACCAGGCGGCUCUGCACCAGCAGAGGCUGCAGGGGCACGUGCUGCGGCAGCAGCAGCAGCAGCAGCAGCAGCAGCAGCAGCAGCAGCACCACCACCAGCAGCAGCAGCAGCAGCAGCAGCACCACCACCAGCACCAGCUCCUCGCCGGAGAGGCGGCCCGGCAGAGGCAGGCCGGGCCUGGGGAGGGCCGGCUGCAGCACCCUGAGCAGCCACGGCAGCAAGCUCGUUAUGAUGCUGUGGAUAAUGAUAUUGUUCAGGGAGCAGAGGACCAGGGCGUCCAGGAAGAGGAAGGAGGUGCCUAUGAGAGAGACAACCAGCACCAAGACGAGGCAGAAGACCCAGAGAAUGGACAUGAGCUUCAAGAACAAGGGCCCCCCGAAGCUGACCCAGAAUCCGAGGCAGAUAGGGCAGCUGUAGAGGAUAUAAACCCAGCAGACGACCCUAAUAACCAAGGCGAGGAUGAAUUCGAGGAAGCCGGGCAAGUGAGGGAAGAAAAUUUGCCAGAUGAAAAUGAAGAACAAAAGCAGAGUCAUCAAAAGCAAGAGAAUGCAGAGGUGGAGGAGCAUUUGGUGAUGGCAGGAAAUCCAGACCAGCAGGAGGACAACGUGGACGAGCAGUACCAGGAAGAGGGGGAAGAGGAGGUUCAGGAAGAUUUGACCGAAGAGAAAAAAAGGGAAUUGGAGCAUAAUGCUGAAGAGACCUAUGGUGAAAAUGAUGAAAAUGCCAAUGAGAAAAACAAUGAUGGAGAAGAGCAAGAGGUUCGAGAGGACAACCGCCCCCAAGGCCGGGAGGAGCACUACGAGGAGGAGGAGGAAGAAGAGGAGGAGGACGGGGCUCCAGCUGCUGAGAAGUCACAGCGCAGAGCGGAAAUGUAGCCGUGCGGCGCCUCGGGCGGCGCUCAGCCCACACGGCCUUUUCAAGCUGCUCAGACAUAACUCUGCCUACUGAACUCUAGGAUAUUUAAUUACAAAAAUUAAGAAUUUAGACUUUUUUUAACUUUUGUAUUAGAAAUGCUCAUACAUUUAUAUGAAUAUAUUUUGAUAACCUAGUUUAGAGCUUCUUUUUAUAUUCAAGCAAAACAUGAACGAGUAAGAAAAACAAUAAAGCAGACAGGCUCUGAAUCUCAUUUUUCAUAGAUUAUGGGAUGUUGAAAAGGACACUGAUUUUUUGUAUAUGUUUCAACUUGCUACUUUUCUGUCUUCCAGUUUCCAAGUGUUUUGUUUGCCUUUGAUAAAAUGCAGGAUUUCAAAAUAGGGAAUACUAAAAAAUGCUGUGCAAAACCUUAAGGAGAAUGGCCAGUUUACUAACUGCUGUCUUUCCAAGGUUCUUGUGUGUAGUUCUGAUAGAAUUUUCACCAGUCUGUGUAUCUCUGGGGUAAGAUCCAUGGACAGAGUGACAUACAGUUGGAAAGACAUUUUUGUUAUAAAGAUGUUGUUUUUCAAGCUUUUCAGAUCAGUUAGGAAAAAUGUUUGGCUUUACUUAAAAUCACAGCUCUUAUUAAAUUUAAAAGUGAGAUAGCACUAAAACUCACUUGACAAGUUUUCUGGACUUGGAUAUUUCAGUAUUCAAAUAAGGUAUGACACAUGAGUGUAUUAUUAACCUUUCUGAAGGACUGACACCUUGUUUAGUAAUUAAUUUAGUGUGUCUGGGCAGUGUUUUCCAUGUGAGCACCCCUCCUUUUCUUCCUGAAGUCACCCAGUAUCCAUUAGUAUCUAGUUCUCUACAGUAAUACAUACCUCCCCUGUCAGCUCUGUGCCUCGGUAUAUAAUCACGGAUGAUACGCAUGAAUAUGGAGACAUACUAAAUUGUACAACUGAGUAGGAUCUUUUUUGAAAACUAUGGUGAAAUACACAUGGGAUGUGGUUGACCCUCAUGACCUUUCUAUUUGAGGGGACUGGGUCUGCAUUAUGCCCAAGAAUAGAGACUUUCAUGAUUAUGAAUUAUAAAAAUCCCUUACAGUCAAGAAAUUAAAAAUCAUAAAUUUCCCUUGGGAUAGAGAUGAAUUUCAGCCUCAAGCAUAAAGAUUUUUAAAUAUAUGGAAUUAGGUUAUAUCAUUCAUAUAUGUGUGGUUUCAUAAUAAUACUCUCAAAUUAAUAAAAGCAUUUCAAUUUCUACCAUUGUUGUAAGAAUGUAAUUUUUUUUAGUAACCACACUCAUAUAUGAUUUUGAUUAUCCCAGCUGAGAUUGUGUAUGUAUACAUAAAAAUUUAUUCAAAUGUAUUUUGGAUUUUCAGUAGUCAUAAAUCAAAUCUUACCUUUAUGUAUAAAAACCCUUUAUGUAAUGUAAAAUGUAUAAUAUUGUAUAUAAUAUUCAGAAUACAAUUAUUUUGGUAAAUUAGUUUGUAUUUUUAAUGUCUCAGUUGCAGUAUUUAAUUAUUUGAAACAUAUUGAAACUUAGUAAUAAUCAAUAAAGCUAUAAAAAGCAAGUGGUAAA